AUGUGUCUGCCUACCUCUCCUUCCCCUCCUCAUCUCCCACCUGAGCUCUGGGCACGUGUCUUUUUCUGGGCUACUUUCAGUUCUGCACGGGACGUCUCUUCGCUUCUUACCGUACCACUCUUUGACGGCAUCGCCCAUCGUGAAGACGACUUUCAGGUAAGGCAGGCCCUUGUUACUAAGCUCACUCUAGCGCUAGUCUGCAGACAGUGGCGAGCCCUGUCUGAACAGUACUUGUAUGAGGAUAUUUGGGUGAGGCAUGGGAAGCAGGUUCUAGCCGAUACCUUUGAAAGUUCGAAGAGGGACUGCUCUCAGGAUAUCGGAUUAGGAAGACAUGUGAAAAGAAUUGUACUUGCUCAACUACAAAACAAUAACCCGAGUCAAUGGCACAGUCGACACUGGGCCGAUGAAUACACAAGCCGUAUCGUUAGAUGCUGCCCUAACCUACUUGCACUGUCUCGAUACUAUGACAUAUCAGUCAAAUGUGACGACGACGACGACGAAACAAUGCUAGAGGAAGGAAUCCAAGGCUUGCUCGAACGUUAUGAAAAUGAAUGCUGUUCUAUUCAUGACCCACCUCUGCCAACCAUGCGCAGAUUGGACUGGUCUAACGGUACGGCAGUCGAUCCUUGGAGACCUACUAUCAGUGCUGUUCCUUCUUCAGUUUGGUCUGCUGAACAACUUGAGGUGCUAUCUCUGGCCGGAGAUAACUAUUUCUGGGCUCCGACAGAACUGCAAGCUCUCUCUUCAGGCGGGCGUGGACACAUCCUACUUCCAAAUUUGCAUACUCUUCGUGUUGGGUCUCUCUACGCCUUCGGAGUCCCUGGUGUUUCGAACUACAUGUUGGUACUCCCUGCUUUGCGCCGUAUCAUCCUUGACCGUGGCGAGGCUCUCCAUCGCCUCAUCGACUGUGUCGUAGCUUCCUCACCCGCUUCUUCAUCUGCCCAGUCCAAAAGCUCUCCUAACGUACCAAACGUCAAAGCUCUAGAAGUUGGCACACCACACUGGCGCUUCUCACGCUCAGACUACAUCUCAACUUUUAUCAGACACUACCCGACGGCAGAGUCUCUUCAUUACCCAGUAUUUUUCGCACGUCCACUCCGCUGGCGCCGACUCCGCGACAACGGACUCUCGUACGGACCCGUCGAGCAGCAAAGAGUGUUCAGCAGCCUCCGACACGUCGGUUUACACGCCGAGCCGAAUCCAGAACUCACAUAUCCGGAAAGGAACGGCGACGCAAUAUGGGCUCAUUUACACGCUCACGCACGAAGCCUUCUCGGAUCUACCUCCCCAACGCUACUCGAGUCCCGCCUUCCCUGCGUGAACUCGAUCACUUUGCACGGCCUGUCUUGGAUCAGCCUCAUCAACGACAAACGAUUCUACUUCAUAUUGUCCCUUGCGCGAGCGCGAGGUGCAAAGAUUCAGGCAGACAACCCAAGUGUCGCGAACGCACUUGAAGAAACAAUGUUAAGUUAUUGCACGGCUUUGUCUUAUGAACAUGUCCAUGAACUGUAA